UAUUAAUUUCAAAUGGACUGAUUAGAUUAAUGUUUUCUGUAUAUAAAGACAUCCAUACAACUCAAAGAUUAUUCAUGUGCAUAGUGCUACAAAGCUUCGACCAAUUUCAAACCAUGGAUGGAGAGGGAAGUAAACCGAAAGCAAAUAUUGAUGAUGCGUAUGCAUAUCUUAGGACUGUGAAGGAUAAAUUUCAUAACGAUCAUGACAAAUAUGACAAAUUUCUUGCUAUUAUGAAUAAUUUUGAAGCUCGGAGGAUUGAUAAGGCUCAUUGCAUAAUAGAGGUGAGGGAACUAUUUAAAGGACAUCAAGACUUGAUAUCGGGUUUCAAUAAAUUCUUGCCAGAGUCGUUGGAGAUCUCUUGUGGCCCAACUUAGAUAGAGGGUUUUCCUAUCCAUCAUUUUCAUUUCCGAUCUGAACCGACUUCGGUUUUUUUUUUUUUUUUUUUUUUUUUUGGCUCAACAACAACAUUUCAUUUCACCAAUUCUUAGUACAAAGCUUAUGACCACA